CUGUGUUCCAUGAUCCGCGAUCGGUUACAAUUGUGUUUUCAAGCCCACCUUGUAGUGCCACAAGUGCAUCCUUUGUAAAUAAGCCCAUCCCCAGCUCGUAGCCAUCUUGUUUUCUUCUUCAUUCAACGCCUUCGUCAGAAUCUCCUGCACAUCUUCUGAGUAGUCACUCUAAGCAUCUCACAAUUCAUCUCAUUCUCUUGGCUUCUCUUACAUUAUUCACAAUGACGUCUGUUAAGGACUUCCCCAAGAUCAAGGCUGUAAGGUCAUUCAUUAUCGGUGGCGUUGGCUCAGGUGGUGAUUAUCACAAUGUCAAGGGUGGUCACUGGCUCAUCGACAGCGAUAUCUCAACACCAGCUUCAAAAUGGGAGAAGUACAAGAAGUCGCGUACUAGCUGGGGCAUCAACGUUCUGGGGUCAUUUCUUGUCGAGAUUGAAGCUACAGACGGCACAGUUGGUUUCGCAACUGGUUUUGGAGGCCCUCCCGCGUGCUGGCUCGUUCACGAGCACUUCGAGCGUUUCCUCAUCGGUGCCGACCCCCGCAACACCAACCUUCUUUUCGAGCAGAUGUACCGAGCCUCCAUGUUCUAUGGUCGCAAGGGUCUCCCUAUUGCCAUCAUCUCAGUUAUCGAUCUCGCCCUGUGGGAUUUGAUCGGAAAGGUUCGCAAUGAGCCCGUGUAUCGUCUCAUUGGUGGUGCUACCAAGGAGCGCCUCGACUUCUACUGCACUGGCCCUGAGCCUACCGCUGCCAAGUCGAUGGGUUUCUGGGGAGCAAAGGUUCCUCUGCCUUUCUGCCCCGACGAUGGCCAUGAGGGUCUGCGAAAGAACGUCGAGUUCUUGCGAAAGCACCGUGAAGCUGUUGGCCCCGAUUUCCCCAUCAUGGUCGACUGCUACAUGAGCCUUAACGUCACGUACACAAUCGAACUUGUCAAGGCUUGUCUCGAUCUCAACAUCAACUGGUGGGAGGAAUGCUUGUCCCCCGAUGACACCGAUGGCUUUGCACUCAUCAAGCGGGCCCAUCCUACUGUCAAGUUCACAACUGGUGAGCACGAGUACUCACGAUAUGGUUUCCGCAAACUCGUUGAGGGCCGCAAUCUCGAUAUUAUCCAGCCUGAUGUUAUGUGGCUUGGUGGUCUAACUGAGCUUCUGAAGGUCGCUGCUUUGGCUGCCGCCUACGAUAUUCCGGUUGUUCCUCACGCGAGUGGACCUUAUAGCUACCACUUCCAGAUCUCUCAGCCCAACACCCCCUUCCAGGAGUAUUUGGCCAACUCUCCCGACGGCCGCAGCGUGUUGCCUGUGUUUGGAGACCUCUUUACCGACGAGCCCAUUCCUACCAAGGGCUUCCUUACCACCGCUGACCUGGACAAGCCCGGUUUCGGCUUAACCAUCAACCCAGCUGCUAGAGCCAAGCUCAUCCCCAGUGAUUAUCUGUUCAAGGUUCCUCAAGUAUCAUCUCUGGCGCCUUCUGAGGAAAAUGAGAGCAAGUCAAGCGAGGAAUCCGACAAGCCCAACGGAACGAUUGACGCUCUCGCUGCCAAGGUGGAGACCCUCGCAACAUCAACAACUUCUUAAAAGCGAUUGUCAUGCUAUCAUAUCUCAGUCCUGGAUUUGUGGUUGUGUUUAUGUUUUGCGGCCGCCUGAGUAGGUCUGGUGAAAGGAAGGAAAUUGUACAUCGCUAUGGUGUUGUUGUUAUUUGGAUAUAGAUGACGUUUGGCAAUUUGCAUGGUUCUCCAUUGCGUUUUUAGACGUUUCAAAUAAAGUAGAUUGAAAACAAUUCGAGUCUUUACUUAAUAUGGAUUUGAUAACGGGCUUUGCAUGCUUCUGUGAUCAUUUUGGAUGUAGUAAAUCAUUGCG